GGCACAGUCUAAGUGGACACACUGGAGGACCACGGGCUGGGACCACGGGACAUUCCGAUCCUCCCUUCUGAGGGACGUGGAAUCCCCUCAAAGGUCUGAGACGAGGUGGGUCACUCCUGCCGGUCGGCGUGAGGCCGUCAUCUAGCUUUCGGUUUUGCUUCCACGGAGUUAGAAGACUGUUUCUAAGGGCCCCCUGUUUGUCUGUUUCUGUGUUUCUCUGUUUUGUUCUGUGGACUUACUGGACGGACGUUAUGGGACAGACUCAGACUACCCCUCUAACCAUUAUGAUUGAUCACUUUAAGGAUGUCAGCCAAAGAGCUAACAACCUCAGUGUGGAAGUCCGAAAGGGUCAGUGGCAGGUUUUUUGUUCUAGCGAGUGGCCGGCUUUCAAUGUCGGAUGGCCGCCAGAGGGAACCUUCGCUCCCAGCAUCCACCGAGUCAGGGGUAUCAUCUCUCGGCCUAAGAUGGGCCAUCCUGAUCGGCUCCCUUACAUGAUCACUUGGCAGGACCUUGUAGAAGGCCCACCCUCUUGACUUAAGCCCUUCCUAGCCCCACGCCCUCCGGAACCAAAACCCAUUCUUGCUUGGGGAACUGAAAAAGAAUUAAUUUUUCCUCCCCCGUAUAACCCCCCUAGGGUGCCAGAAAAACACCAUCCUCCCCCUCCGGGGGAGGCAGAUGCUGUUCCCAGAGCGGGAGGCGGAAACGCUCCAGUGGGAAGGCCGCCCUUUACCAGACAAAGGGCUCAGAGGGAGCAAUCCGCCUCCGCCGCUGACUCCACUAUUCUGCCCCUGCGAGCCACCGGACUCCCAGACGCGGAGGGGAAUCAGCCCCAUCACUAUUGGCCUUUCGCCACUAGUGACCUCUACAAUUGGAAAGCUCAGAAUCCUAAGUUUUCCGAGAAACCGGCAGGGCUUAUUGAUUUUUUAGACUCUGUUCUUUUUACCCAUCAGCCCACGUGGGACAAUUGCCAGCAGCUUUUGCAGGUCCUGUUCACGACUGAGGAAAGAGAAAGAAUCCUCAAUGGGGCCCGAAAACUAGUUCUGGGCGCAGACGGGAAUCCCACCACCAACCAGGCUCAGAUAGAUGCCUCCUUCCCCUUAACUCGGACCCAGUGGGAUUUCAACACGGCAGAAGGUAAGGAGAGGCUCCGGGUCUACCGCCAGACUCUAAUGGGGGGUCUCCGAAUGGCUGCUAGAAAGCCAACCAAUUUGGCCAAGGUAGGAAAUGUACAACAGGGAAAAGAUGAAUCACCAGCUGCCUUUUUAGAACGGAUCAUGGAGGCAUUCUGUACCUAUACCCCCAUGGAUCCAGAUGCUCCGGAAAGCAAGGCAGCUGUUAUCAUGGCCUUUGUAAACCAAUCAGCCAUAGACAUUAGGAAAAAAUUACAGAAAAUAGAUAGGCUAGGAGAAAAAAGUCUGCAGGACUUACUGGUGGUAGCCGAAAAGGUAUAUAAUAACCGGGAGCCUCCUGAGGACAAGCAGGCUCGCGCCAUGGCGGCUGCCAGCAGUAAGCAGACUCGAGACCUGGCCAGAAUACUACUAGCUACCACUGCUGAUUCCCCCGAGGAAUGAGACCGCCGGGGGGGGAAGCAGAGGCUGCAGAAAGAUCAGUGUGCACACUGCAAGGAGAUAGGGCAUUGGGCCCGAGAGUGUCCGAAAAAGGCCGGCAGGAAGGGAAGCAAGACUGAUCGAGUAAAAGUCUUAGAGCUAGAUGAACUGAGUGAUUAGGGGAGUCGGGGUUCAGACCCUCUCCCCGAGCCCAGGGUAACUCUUAAAGUGGAGGGGACCCCUGUUGACUUCCUCGUCGACACUGGAGCACAACAUUCAGUCCUCUGCACCCCACAAGGAAAGCUAGCCAACAAGAAGUCCUGGGUACAAGGGGUAACUGGUAUGAGCCAGUAUUCAUGGACUACCUGAAGAACGGUAGAUUUGGGGAUGGGCCGGGUAUCCCACUCCUUUAUGAUAAUACCGGAAUGCCCCUACCCGCUGUUAGGACGGGACUUACUGACCAAGAUUGGAGCUCAGAUAACUUUCAGACAAGGGAGGCCUCAGGUCACCGAUGCCAAGGGCCACCCCAUCCAGGUCCUGACCAUAAAACUAGAGGAUGAAUACCGCCUCCACCAGGAGGUGCUCCCGAGAGAAGAUAAUAUAGACAGAUGGCUACAAGAAUUCCCCUCGGUUUGGGCAGAGAUGGGGGGGAUAGGACUAGCCACUCACAGGACCCCAGUCCUGGUAGAGCUCAAGCCAGGAGAAGGUCUGGUAAGGAUCAAACAAUACCCCAUGUCUCAGGAGGCCUGGAAGGGGAUCCAGUCACACAUCUGGAGACUACGAAGCCUAGGGGUACUAGUUCCUUGCCAGUCUGCCUGGAACACCCCCCUGCUGCUGGUCAAAAAGCCUCACACAAAUGACUAUUGACCGGUACAAGACCUCCGGGAAGUAAAUAAGAUCACGGACAUACACCCAACUGUUCCCAACCCAUAUACUCUCUUGAGCUCCUUGGCGCCCUCCAGGGUCUGGUAUACUGUACUAGAUUUAAAGGACGCCUUCUUCAGUCUGCCGCUGGCACCCCAAAGCCAACCCUUGUUCACCUUCGAGUGGCAUGAUCCGGAAGAGGGCUACAGCAGACAACUCACCUGGACACGGCUGCCUCAGGGGUUCAAAAAUUUGCCCACCAUCUUCGACGAGGCACUACACAAGGACCUGGGUGAGUACAGAAGGGAGCACCCUGGCCUCACCCUUCUACAGUAUGUAGAUGACAUCCUGAUUGCUGCCGACACGGCCAAGGACUGCGAGCGAGGGACCCAGGACCUACUGGCUACCUUUGGGGCCUUGGGGUACCGGGCAUCCGCAAAGAAGGCUCAGAUAUGCAGGAAGAGGGUAAGUUACCUGGGAUACAUCCUGGACGGCAGACAGCAGUGGUUAUCAGAUGCCAGAAAAGAAACUGUCCUAAAGAUCCCUACUCCCACUACCUGAAUGGAAGUAAGGGAAUUCCUAGGAUCGGCUGGCUACUGCCACCUCUGGGUUCCGGGUUUUGCUGAGAUCGCCAGGCCUCUAUAUGAAGCUACCAAAGAGGGGAAAACAUUUAAAUGGACUGAAAAAGAAGAAACUGCCUUUAAUCAGUUUAAAAAGGCCCUCCUAAGUGCCCCAGCCCUGGGCCUACCAGACAUUACGAGGCCCUUCCACCUCUUUGUAGACGAACACAAGGGAAUAGCAAAAGGGGUUCUAACUCAAGCCUUAGGCCCCUGGAACCGCCUGGUGGCUUACCUGCCCAAGAAGCUAGACCCAGUGGCUGCCGGCUGGCCGCGAUGCCUAAGAAUUAUUGCGGCGACAGCACUCCUAGUCAAGGACGCAGACACACUGACCCUAGGACAGGAGCUCUGGAUCACGACCCCACAUGCCAUUGAAGGGGUCCCGAAACGGCCUCCUGACAGAUGGCUGAGCAACACACGUGCGACUCAUUACCAGAGCCUCCUACUCAACCCUCCACGGGUCCGGUUCCACCCCUUUGCGGCCCUCAAUCCUGCCACCCUGCUGCCCGACCCUGACCUAGGUGCUCCCCUACAUGACUGUGGGGGGAUCCUGGAGCAAGUACAUGGAUUCCAGACGGAUCUGACUGACCGGCCCCUCCCCGAUGCCGAGGCUACUUGGUUCACUGAUGGCAGCAGCUUUGUGCAGGAUGCACACAGGUAUGCGGGUGCAGCGGUGGUCACCAAAACAGACACUGUAUGGGCAGAGGCUCUACCCUCCAGAACGUCAGCCCAGCGAGCAGAGCUCAUCGCCCUUACCAAGGCACUAACUCUGGGAGCUGGAAAACGGCUUAACAUCUACACAGACAGCCGUUAUGCAUUUGCCACAGCUCAUAUUCAUAGGGCAAUUUAUCAGGGGAGGGGGUUACUGACGGCAGAAGGACAGACUAUAAAAAAUAAGCAGGAGAUACUUGACCUGCUUACAGCCUUAUGGCUUCCUGCCAAGCUGGCCAUUAUCCACUGCCAAGGGCACCAGAAAACUGAUAACCCAGUAGCUAGAGGUAAUUGAAAGGCUGACCAGGCAGCCAAGGCAGUAGCCCUUACUUCAGUCCCCACCAUGACCAUACAACUACCGGACCCAGGAGACCCAGUUUUACCAGACCAGCCCAAAUACUCCCAGGAGGAGUUACAGCGGAUCAAGAAACUCCCCAUGGCCCAGGAGAUAAAGGGAUGGUGGUAUACACCUAACAAGGAGCUCGUGCUGCCAGACCGGCUCGGAGUCUCAAUAUUAGAACACAUGCAUCGGUCUACUCACAUGGGGGCCCGAAAAUUAAAAGACUUAAUCCGACAUGCCAGAAUCAAGAUUCACCAACAGGACACCAAAAUAGAGCAAGUUGUAUCUGCCUGCAAGACCAACGCGAGGGCCACAUCAAAUAAAAGAACCAGGCUCAGAGGCACCAGACCGGGAGCCCAAUGGGAAGUCGACUUCACUGAAGUCAGACCAGGAAAGUAUGGUUAUAAAUAUCUUUUAGUAUUUAAAGACACCUUCUCUGGCUGGGUGGAGGCAUACCCAACCAAGCAUGAAACAGCUCAGACGGUGGCUAAGAAGCUACUAGAAGACAUCUUACCCAGGUAUGGUUUUCCUGCCAUGGUAGGAUCAGACAAUGGACCAGCUUUUAUCUUGCAGGUAAUGCAGGCAGUAGCCAAGGCUAUGGGGGCAAACUGGAAAUUACAUUGUACUUAUAGGCCCCAGAGCACAGGACAGGUAGAAAGAAUGAAUAGAACCCUAAAAGAGACCCUUACCAAAUUAACCAUGGAGACUGGCGGGGACCAGGUGACUCUCCUACCGUACGCCCUUUACCGGGUUAGAAACACUCCUUACACUCUGGGUUUUACUCCCUACAAGAUUAUGUUUGGCAGGCCACCCCCUGUUAUUCCCAACCUUCGAGCUGAACUUAUUGCUGAGUUUAAAGAUCAAGAACUUUUUCUUUCCUUGAGCGGGCUCCAGAGGGCGCACGAGGACCUUUGGCCGCGCCUCCGUGCCAUCUAUGAGGCUGGCCCGACUCCGACACCUCAUCAGUACAGGCCAGGAGACUGGGUCUACAUCAAGAGGCACCACCGAGAGACCCUCGAGCCGCGCUGGAAGGGACCCUACAUCGUGAUGCUGACAACCCCCACCGCUCUCAAAGUAGACAGCAUUGCGACCUGGGUCCAUCACACCCACGUUCGGCCAGCGGACCCCUCCUAGAUCCGGAAGGACUUCGUCACACAAUGGGCCAUCUUUCAGGACCAACACAACCUGCUCAAGGUCAAGUUACAGUGCAUUCGACCCACCUGAUAUUGGUAACUCUGUUAACUCUGCUUGUCAUUGCUCAUGCUGCCGGGAGUCCCCACACCCCCCAAAACAUUACCUGGCAGAUCAUAGACACCAGCUCAGGGACCGCGUGGGGGCCAUCCAACUAAUGGUCCUCUGUGCUCAGUACAAGCCCCUAAUAACAGGAGAGGACAAAAUAGAAAUGCAGCCGGUCCCAUGAUUGGGUCCGCAAGCUACAUGACAAGCGGGGAAUGAAAGAGCAGACCUAGGCCGGCCGACUCCAUCUUGUUCUUUAUCCUCCCCUUGAGUAACUUCCCACUCACCCGUUCAA